CGGCACCGGCCGGCGCGGCAGCGCGUCAGUCGAGUUCGGUCCAGUGUUGUGUUAACGUCGUGUUCGUGUGCUAUGUCACCAGUGUGAUUGUGUGUGGUUGUUUGUGUUGACGCACGAUGGAGGAAGAGCUCCGUUGUCCGGCGUGUAAGCAACUGUACAACAACCCCGUACUGCUGCCUUGCUACCACACCCUGUGUCUCAACUGCGCCCUCCACCUCCAACAGAGUGUCUCGACGUCAUCGUCCUCACAACCACCCUCAGAAGUGUCCUCGGACAGCCAGACAGCCCAGAGUACAGAGGAGGUGGACAAACUGUCUAUACUCAGCGAGACGGACUCCGGCGUCGUGUGCAGCAGUAGACCCAACAGCUAUGUCGGAACUCCUAACAUGCAGGGCGUACUGUUCCCGCCGCUAGCCGCCAGCGCGUUGUCUCUGGCCUGUCCGGUCUGUCGGAAACUCGUCUACUUCGACGAGAACGGAGCUAACAAUCUACCCAAGUACCGCACCAUGCAGAAUAUCGUCGACAAAUACGUAGAGUCCAAGAAACUGAGUCUGAAAUGUCAACUGUGUGCGGAACAGCCCGGCCGCGACGCGACUGUUCUGUGUGACCAAUGCGAGGUGUUGUAUUGCGACACAUGUCGUGACAACUGUCACCCUCCCCGAGGACCUCUGGCCAAGCACACGCUGCUGGAGCCCCCGGUCACUAGGGCCAAGUCCAAGGACCUACACUGUGUAGAGGUCGGCCACGGUGACGAGACUCUCAGUAUGUACUGUAUGGUGUGCAAGGUCCCUGUGUGUAUCUUGUGUUUACAGGACGCGGCCAACAGACACGCCAGCCACGACGUCCAGCCCAUCCUCAACAUGUGCAAGGCUCAAAAGACGGAGCUGUCACAAAAUCUUCAGCAGCUGUCAGAACGAGCGAGAUCGACGACAGAGUUCAUCCAAAGACUCAAAUGCAUGACGGAUAAGCUCAAUGAGAACUGUGCAGAGUUCGAGGAGGUGGUAGUGGCUCAGUGUGAUGCCCUCAUAGAAGCCAUCGAGGCUCGCAAGCAGCAGCUGCUGGAGUACAUCAGACAAGACAAGGAGUUGAAGGUGCGAGUGCUAAAGGAGCAAGUGAUGACCUGCACAUGUAAACUGCAACACACAACAGGGCUGCUGCAGUUCUGCAUAGAAGCGCUCAAGGAGACGGAUUCUGCCGCCUUUCUGCAGGUUGGCUCUAUGCUGAUCAACAGGGUUGCCAACGUAGACAUCACAUGGCAUAAGGAUCUGACGGCUUCACCGCGAGUCUCUGCACAAUGCGAUCUCACUUUGGACGACAAGAGUGUGGCGCGAGCUAUUGACCAGCUCAACUUCAUACAGAUGAAACCUGCUAAGGAUGGAGAAGAAAGACAGCCUGCAGCUCCUAGCGCUCCCUGUAUCAUCCCUGAGGAGUGCAGUGCCGAGAACAACUCAGUCACGGUGGCCUGGCAGCCUCCCCCCACCUCCUACGUGGAGGGAUAUGUUCUGGAGCUGGACGACGGCAACGGUGGCGAGUUCAGGGAGGUCUACUGUGGGAAGGAGACCAUCUGCACGGUGGACGGGCUUCAUUUCAACUCCAUGUACAAUGCCAGAGUAAAGGCAUUCAACAGCACGGGCGAGGGAGAAUACAGCGAACUCAUCGGACUUCAGACUGCGGAAGUUGCCUGGUUCACGUUCGACCCUUGCCUCGGUGGCCCAGACCUGAGCUUCUCCGAAGACAACUGUAGUGUGUCGUGUGAAGGUUACGAGCACAGAGUGGCCCUGGGUAGCGUAGGGUUCUCCAGAGGUGUUCACUACUGGGAGUUCUCCGUGGACCGCUACGACGCCGACACAGACCCUAGCUUUGGAGUGGCCAGGAUAGACUGUGUCAAGGAUCAAAUGUUAGGCAAGGAUGACAAGGGGUGGAGCAUGUACAUAGACAAACAGAGGUCGUGGUUCAUGCAUGCCAAUGUACAUGACCAGAGAUGCGAGGGAGGGAUACAGUCAGGCUCGACUGUGGGAGUGUUACUAGACCUGGACAGGCAUCAACUCAGCUUCUACGUCAAUGAGGAGCCCCAAGGUCCGAUAGCUUUCCAAGACCUAUACGGAGUGUUCUACCCAGCGGUUAGUCUCAACAGGGGAAUGUCCGUCACUCUUCACACGGCUCUCGACCCUCCGUCCGAGUCUGACGACACAUGAGGUCGGCGGAACCGCACCACCUUCACCACCCAGGCCAUCGUCCACCAGGAGGUCAGCGAGUAGACGUGGGGUUGUACAACAAAUCUGAGAUUCUAAGCUACACUCCAUUCCACAUUCACCGUGCAGAACUUAGCGCCACAAGCCAAUUUAAAUGGCAGUUUCAGUGAUACUAGCUGCCCUUUAAUAAAAAGGGUACAAAACACUCCUUUACUUUUAAAUUUUCUACUACACUAAUUUUGACUGUGCCUUAGUCAAAAUCCAAUUCAUUAGCUCAAAAUACCAAUCUUUAAAAAGUGUGGUAACAGAUAAUAGUGAAAUGUACUUUUAACACCUUCACAAGGGUUGGGAGGGCAACUGACACAACCCAAAGGCAUGCUUUUUCCAGUAAUUAUGUUAGCACAAUCUCCCAUAAGAUCUGAACUGCAAGGUUGAUUUGGAAUGGAGUAUAGAAAGGACACUCUUGGUUGCGCAUUUCUUUUUACAGGGUUCCCAUUUUAACAGAGCCACGCUUAUUUGGAGACUGCUUCAUUUCAGCGGUUCAUUUCACAGCGGAAGAAUGUGGGAUUGGUUGUCCAUUUAUAUCCCAUAAAACCUCAAAUAUUACUCUAUGAUAAGGAACAAGAGAAUUUAAAACGCUCAUAUGAAUAGCUCCUACAACAUCCAAACAAUUUGACAUGUUAUUAUACUUACAUAUGUAGCAAGAACUGUGUACAGGCGUACCGUUUGAAGAAUGUGUAAUUUUCUGCAAAAUAUGAAAUACUGCUCGUGUAGAGCAUAAAAUUUGUAUUUAGAAGUUGAAAAAUGUGUGUAUAUAAUAAAAUGUGUAUAAUAAUUUUUUUAUAAAAACUGACAGGCUUAUGACAAUUGUAUGCAUUUAAAAUCUGCUUUAUUUAUAUUAUACUUUUCAUCCUGAAAAAUGUGAAACACCAACUCAAACUGGUUGAAUUAAUGAAGAUGGAUGCUGUAAAUAUUUUAAAUAUUUUUUUUCCAUCACAGUGCAAAAUUUUAAGUACAAUUAAGUAAAACUAGAUUCAACAACAGAUUUCCAAACUGUUAUUGCUCACAGAUUCUCGUGCCAUAUUUUAUCAAGAAAUUAAUAGAAAUCACCACUCACUUUUCUAAAAGCGUUGUAGGACUAGUUUAAGUAAUUAGAUGAAAACUAACAUAGUUUUAGUAGGGUACCAAACAUGAUCUCAAAGUAUGUUUUUUCUGGUCCACUAUUUAGUUUAUGUUUAGCUCUUAGACAAAAAUUUUCAUCAAUAAAUUCACAUACCGUAAUGUGAUAUUUAAGUUUUAGAUUGACCACAGACUCAAAAAUUAGAUUUUGUUUGAUCAAUAAUAAUUUAAAAAUAGAUCUAGCAAAUACAAAUCCAUUGUUCACGUAAACAUAAAUACAAAUUUAUGGACAUCUAACAUUACACACCAUUACUAACCAAAAUUUUAAUGCUGAAACUACUAGAAUAGUGCAAAAUUUAAUCAAUUCUUCUAAAAGAUUGCUUACAAAAUUUACUAAUAAUGAAUUUAACAAUACAGUAAAACUCCAGUUUGAGAUAAAGCGUAAUAAUGUCCAUGUCACUUACAGAUUUCAGUUGCAGACUAGAUAUAGCUCUGUCAACUUUUGUAGCAGUUUUAGGUUGUUAUUUGUAGAGUCAACGCCACUACCACAAAGCAACUAUGUCACAUAUCCAGGGUUAGAAGAGAAUCUAAAUGUCUAUAGGUACUUUACUCGCCAGCACCCACAUGUAUCUUGUAUAUUACUGUAAAUACAAAAUAUUUGUUGAAGAUUUGUACUGUAAAUAUUACCGAGCAAGUAUGUGUGUGCUUUUUGUAAUUUAUUAUAAGUCUGAAAUUAUUACCGAGUUGAGAUUGGCGAUUUGUAUUUUUAUAUAAUUGAAUUUAGAGUUCUGUUAGAAUAACUCUCUAAAUUGAAAUUGAGAAUUUUGUAAAUGUCUGUAUUCAUAUUUAACUCUCAAAGCAAUUAUGUAAAAUACAUGGAAAUCGAUACUGCCGAUUUAGUCCUUAUUUUGUGUUUAGUUCCUAUGAAAAACUGUUUGACUAUAUUUACUUUUAAACUUACCUAGUUGAUUAUAUUGAAACAUUUAUGUAUUAACUUUAAUGAUAAACAACCCGGAGAGUAAUCUAGUAAGAGAAGAACUUGUUAAACAUAAUACUACCUAAAUACUAUUUACAAAAUACUUUCUUUAGGGUUUACUUUCAUCCACUGUUAUGAUUAAAGCUUGUAAUUCAACACUUAAGUUUAUUUUUGACUUGAAUCAGUUUAUAAGCUAAUGAACGGACAGAAUUAAAUUUUUUUGGUUUUAAUGAAUAUUAUUAUGUUUUUAUUUGUAUACUUUUUCAAAGUUAUUGUAUUGUAAGGCUACACAUCGCAAAGGAGACAUGGUCACUUAUUGUACUUUUAAAUCGGUGCCUUAUUUUCAAAAUCUAAAAUUGAACCUGAAUAUUACAUAGGAUAAACUUUUAAAUUUGCUAAAAACAAACAGAUAGUUCUUUACUUUCUAGAUACAAGAACUUAAACAACUUAAAGAACUUUAACAGUUCAUCUACUUAAGCUAGUAACUGCAUAUAAUUAUUUAUUGUGUAGCCAUUACAAAGUAUGAAUAUGUCAAAUAAGUUGUUUAGAACUCCUUCAUUUUUAAAUACCGUAGUUAUUUAUAUUUUAUAACUAUCAGUAUUAUAAUUCAAAGACAACUUUACAUCUUAGAAGACUUGCUUUAACACCUUAACUUCAAGAAGGAUCUUCAGACGAUAAAACUUAUAGAUAAAAAUGGCUUAAGCAAAAAACUACUAACUUUAUCAACCUCAUUGAUAGCAUUUUCAUUUAAUAUAUUUUUCCAUUUAUGAAAAAAGAUACCUAAAUUUAAAUAUAUAAUUUUAGAUACAUAAACUUUCAAAUAGGUUGAUCCUGAAAACACAAUAUAAAUUCCCUCAUUCUUUUAUUACCUUUCAUUGAUGUUUAUUAAUCAAAUUAAUGUUUCCAACUUUACAAAUGGCAUAUUGUUCAACACCCUACAUCUAUUGAGCUAACAUAUUCCUCUGAUUUCCAUUGAUAAUCUUUUUUACCAACUAAGGUUUUAUAAAGUUUGUAUGUAGGGUAUACCUACUUUGUAUUUUUUUAUCAUGUUUCUAAUUUAUCUUUAUAUGAAUUGUUAAUGUUAAAUGUUUCAAUAAAUUUCUAAACCUCUGCAUUUUGAGAUAAGGUUCAUUGAUAUUACCAUAAAUUUGUUCAGUAUGUGUGUUUAAAUUAAGGCAUUAUGUAGCCUACCCAGCAUUUUUUACAAUAUUUUGAAUUUAUCUGAAUGUUUAUUUUUGUUGUUAUGCAUUUAAAGUAGAGCAAUUUUAAGUCUAUAUAUCUGUACACAAUUGUGUGUAAAGAUAAAUCAAUAAAUAUUGAAAAUCGAA